AUGAUUUUCGUUGGUAAGCGUAAAGCCAAGAAAGACUUCUUGCUAAAAAAACAGGAGGAGUUGUUGGCGCAACAAAAUCUUAGACUGCAACAGUUGCAACUGCAGCAGCAACAACUGCAGCAACGACAACUGCAACAACCAUCACAUAGCAAUCAAAAUUUGCUAAAUCCUAAGAUCACAAAUUUACAAUUUCCCCAAACAUCCAAUGAUAUAAAUGCACAGAUUCCAGCUAUUGUAGCUAAGCCAUUUAAUUCAUCAAAUUAUUAUAUCCAUCAGACAUCUGCAACAACAUCUUCAAAAACAACAGCAGUCACAGCAUCAUUAGCAAAUGUUCCUCCCUUGCCUACAAAUUUAAAUUCACAUUUAAACGAAAUCCUCAUUCCGGCCCCUGUAAAUAGUACAUCUUAUGUUCAGCAGUAUUCAAAAAAUAGUCAGAACCCGGGGUUUUCCAAGCAAAAUGGACAGUUAAAAAUAGAUUUAAAAGACUUUGAAUCUGAGCAAGAUCCUUUUGAGAAUUUAUCUUUGAAAGUGAUAAAUGAUAUAGAAGAGCUAGAUAAAGUAUUUCACGGUACGAACGCACUUGCAAGUAAAACAACUGCAUUGACAACACCUUCUGCAACAAUAACAACAGCCCCUCUAGCCACAUCAGUUUACAAACCAUCACCCUUGUAUACUACUAACGAUCUGCUACAAAACCAACAGCAACUACUUCUACAUCAACAACAGCAGCAACAGCAGCAGCAACUAUUACAACAACAACAGCAACGACUUCUACAUCAACACCAACAACAGCAACCAAAUUUUUACGAAAUUCCCAAAUUCACUCAAAAAUCUUUCUCGCCGCUAACUGUCAACAACAACAAUCACCAUACAAUCGGCCAGACCUCAUCAUCGUCGUCGUCAUUUUACACUAACAACAACAACAACCUCCCGUGUACAUACAUCCAACAAAAUCCGACAAACAUCAUUGACAACAACAUCAUCAUCGCCAACAACCCAGAUAACUCGUUCUACAACAAUCAAUAUCAACAACAGAAUCCAACUUACAAUACCAGCGUUAAUGACUUUAAGCACUACAACAACGGCCACAAUCCAUUCACUAACCAGUCUGAUAAACUCUAUACACAUUUCAACAGCAACACAUUUACUAAUCAAAAUUUAGCUAGCGUUAGCAUCAUCAACAAUGCACGGAGUAUUAAUGCCAUUAGCAACGACAUCAACAACAAAAACGCCCUAUACUACAGCGACGUCAAGAACAUUAAUGGCAUUGAUGAUUUUGGUUCAUCAAUAUUGGAUAAAUAUUUUUAUAACAAAUACGUCCUCAGUAAGAAUAAUAAUCUCCUUAUCAAUCAACAACCAAUCACGUCAUCAAUGGCGUCACAAUCAUCUCUGAAUAUGUUAAGACAGGCUAAGAGUACAUCAGAUCUGACAAAGUUAAAUAAUGAUGAUGAUGAUAGCUGUAGGCGUAACUAUGAUAACUUUAUCGCCGCAAAUGAUGAUGGCGCUGAUUGUAGGUUCGUUAACUUUCCUAAAAUUGUCCCCAGCAACAUAGGUGUCAGAAGUGGCCAGAUCAGUGAUGCGCGUUUCGGUUUUGACAAACAAAACUCGUCCACUCAACAUUUUUAUGGUAGAUUUACGCCUCCAAUUAUGAAAACUUCAGAAACAACAGCAGCUUUCAAGAAUCCACACAGCCACAUAGCCUCUCCGUCACAUGUCAGCAGCAUCAAAAUGAUUAAGAGUAAACCAAAAUCAUACAAAGAAGAAUUAGUUGAUAGGAUUAUUUUGAUGGGGUUCUCAGAGGUUAAUGUCAGCAGGGCGGUUGCUCAUUUUGGACUCAAUGAGCCAAAGUGCCGUCAUCAUCAUAUGGCGAAACAUUAAUCCAAGAUGUGUUACUUCUGAAACCAGAAUACACCAGAAAACAGAUAAAAAGCUACCUGGAGGUAUUUCGGAAUUUCCAAAGUAUGGGUUUUCCCGCCGAGAAGAUACACCAGGCCCUCAAGAUAACAGAAACUGAUCAGGAAAUGAUACUGGACAUACUGACCAGCACGAAAACUUAAUUUAAUUAAUUAAUUAUUCAAUUAAUUAAUUAACGAAUAAACUACGUGAUUAAAUUUU